GAGAGAUUUAAUCAGAGUGAGUAAGCCACAGUAUCGGGGUACAUCAUUCUUUUUAGUAUGUCAAGAUCCAGUCCUUUCCUUGUCGCUUCCAAAAUCCCAACAAGGGGAUGCCUGUGUUUGCCACUAUUCCAGCUAGUGCUCUCGGAUCUAUCCUGUGAAGAAGAUGAAAUGUGUGUAAAUUAUGAUGAGCAAUAUCCUGAUGGCUGGUAUAUCUGGUUCUUCCUGCUGAUUUUCGUCGUGGUUCUCCUUUGUGGAGUAGUGCUUUUCUGUCUGCAGUGCUGGCUGAAAAGGUGCGGAACCGAUCGUCCCAGACGCACCAUGGCUAUUUUUGCUGUUGGAGGUUUGGAUCCUGUUUGUGGUGCAGAGAUGGCUGGAAGUCCAGCAGCUGGAAUCUGCCUUCCUACACAAAACACUGAACUGUGCCCUGCUCCGUGUUUUGGUUCAUUAGGUCCUCCACCUCCAUACGAAGAAAUUCUAAAAGCAAACUGAUUUUAUCCAGAAUCAGUAGUACAAUACAUUAGCUAUAUUUGUAUAUACAGUCAAUUUUAGGCACAAUUCUUUGGCUUAGUUGAAAUUCCUGGAGACCUGCUAUAGAAUCUGAAUACUUGCAAGCAGACAAAAGAGUGGAGUGGAUGGCAGGAAGAUACGUUGGCCUUUGUGAUGUUUUAAUAGUGAAUGAGCAGACUCUGGAGCAUUUCUUUGUUACACUUUUAGACUAGACAACCCUGGUAUUUUAGUUCUUAAGGAGGCAGAAAUAGGUGCAAACACUUGCAUUAGUUUGGCCCCUCACUGUCUUCCACAUCAUAUUAUUUGAUGCCCUGCCAUCUCCAUCCUCAUCCAGCCUCUCUUUUACACCAGAGAACCAGUAUAAAAUAAAUAAUUUAACAAUGGCUCUCUCAUAGAUUUAGGUGUGACUAGAGGGAGAAUAUUCUGAUUGUAAGUUGAAAUGAGAGAACAAGAAAAUCCUGUUUGAAGUUGAUGAAGGAAAAUAAAUGAAAAGGAAGAGGAAAUACCACAAGUCUCAAUACCAGAAGUUUCAUUCCCCAGCUGGAGCACAGAGAAAGUGUACCUGGAAGCAGAGGAUUACCUAAACUGUAGGUAAAGAUGCUGUGGAGAGGAAAAGGGGAAAGGGUCUCAUUGUCCUUGCUGAAUGUGAUCUCUAGAGCCCUGUCUUUCCCAGGUCCCUCAGGAUUUGCAUUUAUUGCAACAGUAUAAGAAGAAAUUCUGUUUUAUAUGCUGUCUUA